CUGUGCCCUGUAAGCCCUGUUAGCCCUGUAAGCCCUGUAAGCCCUGUUAGCACUGUAGGCCCUGUUGGCCCUGUUAGCCCUGUAAGCCCUGUUAGCCCUGUAGGCCCUGUUAGCCCUGUAAGCCCUGUAAGCCCUGUUAGCCCUGUUAGCCCUGUAAGCCCUGUAAGCCCUGUUAGUCCUGUAAGCCCUGUAAGCCCUGUUAGCCCUGUAAGCCCUGUAAGCCCUGUAGGCCCUGUUAGCCCUGUUAGCCCUGUAAGCCCUGUUAGCCCUGUAAGCCCUGUUAGCCCUGUUAGCCCUGUAAGCCCUGUUAGCCCUGUAAGCCCUGUUAGCCCUGUUAGCCUUGUUAGCCCUGUAAGCCCUGUAAGUAGUGGAUAAGGCACCGGUUACUCCUUUUCUUUGUGGAUUUAAUUAACUUUUUGAGUGGUAUAAAUUAACGCAGAUGACGUCAUGCAUCUCAUUAAGAUAGGAUGAUGUCAUACUUUAAAUUAAUGCCGAUGACGUCAUGCAUCUCAAUAAGAUAGGAUGAUGUCAUAGGUUAUUUUGAGCUGGCUGACGUCAUAUACUUCUUUGAGAUAGGAUGAUGUCAUCGUUUAUUUGUAGCUGGCAAGGAGCAAGUGAUGUCAGAAUUUCCUAGAGUUGACGUCAUCAAAAAAUGUUGAGAUCAUAAUCUUUAAACAGAAAAGUGAUUUUUAUAUAAUUAGCUAUUUGCUACAGUCUUCUGAUUAGAUAUUGUUUGCUAUAGUCUUCUGAUUGGAUAUUGUAGAAACUGUCAUGUGUUCAAAAUAAAAGCGGGCAAAUUUUGAACAUGUUGUCUUUGCAGGUUAUACUAAAUGAAAAAUCUUUAAUCAUUAAAUUAUUUUCAGUAAAAAUCGGUUAUAAACAAAACCAAGACACGGAGGUUAACUGAAAAAUCUUUACUUCAAAAGAAGGGAAAAGGAGGUUAAGCGAAUGCGAAAUCGUACUAAUUUUUCAGGCAAAACAUGAAAACGAGGUCGAAGCUCAGCGAAGCGAAAAACUGCCUAUCAAGCAAAAAUGUCAAUCUUUGUUUACUUGACUCUGUAGAAAGUAUUGCACAGGGUAUGAAAAUUCUAUAGAAAACAACAGGUGGUUCUAAAGUCAAACCCUAGCUCUUUUGGUUCUUAAAUCAACUCCAUUCUUGUUCCUAAUGAGUGGAAAGUCUAUUUAUAAAAAGAGGGAAUGAGAGAUGCGAUCCCCUAGUAACACAUGUCUUCUUAUUUAGCGCUAAAUAUCGGAUAUAUAACAAAACACACACACACAUACAAAAAGUGGAGCUGAAAACUCUCUAUUACAAUUUUGACUCACCAUUACGAAAGCGUUUUCUCCGUUCCAUCUCGAGGAAACGAUUAACUAUUGAAAUCUCAGCGCUUGAUGAGCUUAUGGUCUUGUCAAUUCACGCGCCGUUAGCGUUAGUCAGUUAAUUAUGCCGGUUAACAAGCCCAAGGUCGAAUACAAAUUAGUUCAUCUCUACAGCUAGACCCAAGGGAGCACUUUGACUUAUUAUUGUAAAAACACAACAAGGAUCAAUUUAAACAUGCGACAAAUAAAUUGACAAGACACGAGAUACAGUUUUAAAAACUUUAUUGAAAACCAGUGACAAAAAGAGUCAAAUAAACAGCGAUUUGGAAGGGAUGGAAAUUAAUCAUCUUCUUCGCCCAUGGAGUACUUGUAAGGUCUAACUCGAAAUUUCUUAUGCCGACGUUUCUUCAGCUGUUUUAUUUUCGUUUCAUUUUACUUUUGCUUAAAAAUUAUUUCACUUUACUUUCUAUUUUUUUCGUUUAAAUUUGAUUUAAAGUAUCUCGAUAAUAAUUUUUUUUCGUUUAAAGUUUAAAAAUAAAAUGAAAUAACAUAAUAAAUUACGGGGAACUUACAAGAUACUACACAAUUUUCUUAUGGCACUCCUAGGCCACCAUACUGCUGUCAAUCAUAACUACGAUCACAAGCAACGAACCUUGAAAUAGAGAAACACACAAAACGGAUCGAAAUCCACAAAUCACAAACAAUGACCUUUUGAGCCCGUGAAGUAAAGUUCUGUUUCCUAAGAGGUCCGUUAAGAUGAUUGACAGCAGCGAAAAACGCAAUCGUCUGUUGGGUUCUGAACUUCAGAAUUCGCAUAUUUGUGAAAAGUUUGAUCCUAAUUUGCGGUCCACAGUCUACAUGAAAACGCACUUUUUUUCCACAAGAUGAAAAAUAUUCAGUUUUAAGAUUUUCCUCAUGGUAUUUUUCUCUGACUUAAAGGAAUAAAAUCCUUUGCAUUUUGAGACCUAAAAAAGUUUAAAGAUUUCUCGCUCGCAAGUUGUGUUCACCAGCACGCACUUCAAACGAUGUAAAUAGAUGAGACGAUCGAUAACAUAUUUUUUACCUGAUACCGAUGUGAGUUAAAAAUUCGCUCCAGUUCUGUUUGUCUCACCCAAGACUAACUUUUGUUCAUGGAAGAUAACUAUGCCGCUUUUACAACUCGUCCGAAGUUUUUGUGCCAGCUAAACAAUAUGGAAACACUGUUCACAGUGAUUCCUUGGAUAUUAAAAAGACUGAACGUGACGCACUAUUAUGGCUUUGUUUACUUCUGAUCACAUCUUCAAGCGAAGUCUCUCUUUUCAAGCGAUUCAUCUCAAUGUACAAUAAUUGACCCUUAUAUUAGUUAAAAUCCUAUGGUUCAUUUAUAUUAAUGCUGUUUUUGCCCCUCACAUUGACUGUGUUCGAAUUCGUUCGUAUUCAAAACACCUUUACGAAAAUAAAGGCCGUAUAAGUCAUGUGUGUUAUGUUUCGAGAUAAAUGGAUUAUACGCUUUUUUAAGUUUCCAUUUUGCGGUGACUUCAGUUUACAUCUCCAUAAAAUGGUAAAAGAAAUAUCAAGAAACAUCACGAGAGCUAAAAAUUUUCAAAGGCAUGUUUCUAAAACUCGCUAAUGCUGACAUCAAUAUAGCGUGCUUGCUGAAUGGGCGAAAACACAGAAUUGUGAUCACAAGAUCUUGUACAAAUUUAAUGAUAAAAGCUUAGCAAGAUACAGAUACAAACAAAAGCAAACCCCCUGAAACCUCGACGUGGGCUACACUUGUAUGCUCUAGUCAGUCACCAAACCUUGUCAGUAAUAGCUCCUAUUUUCCUCAAGUCGCUCUCUAUGAAGCUCCCGGAUGGGAUGUCCCGGAGAAGCUUUAAACUUGUGUGCGAAAUUCUCAGAGUUCCUAUUUUUGUCCGUGUCUUCUUUAUCCUCAAUAUCCGAAUUUAGACCUCCAAAGUGGCGUGUGUUGCAUUAAAUAGAAGGAAAUAUUUAAAGGAAAAGCCAGUCUUCUAACAUGGCAAAGUUGUCACGUCCCUCGCUCAUGGACGUGCGUCACAUCAGGAUUUCAUCUGCCAUUCAUCGGCAACUGAGUUGUUCGCUUCACUGACUAUGACGGCUUACAAUCAAGUCUUCAGCCAUAGUGUCGUCAACUGGUGAAAUACUUUGCUCAUAAAUUGUGCUUCUUAAUUGCUCAUGUACUACAUCGAUCGAUAGUUCACGAAGCGGCCACGGCGUUCCAAACCUGACGCUCACAGUCAUCUUUUCAGUCUUUUAGUGUGAACCUACCGUGAACGGCGUGUCGGUUUGAAUGCAACGCGAGUAUUUCUCUGAGUUUCCCAGCGCCAACAUCAUCUAACUGACUUAAACUCGAACAAUAAAAAAAUUAUAGAGUGACUCCCAUGGUCGAAUCGCUUCGAACAACGCAAAUAGCCUUCUUCAGGUUCGCAACGCCUUGUGGGUUUUUCAGGGGAAGCGCAGACAUGGUACAAAAAGUAUCCGUGCAAGGGUUUAUGCAAGAGAAAAUCCUAUGAAACCAUUUGUGAGAACAUCGUUUCUACGUACCAGACCCUCGUGUUUUCCCUCCCCCGGAUGACCUUUUUUUGACACCGACGACCGAAAACCCAUUUUAUGAUUGGGAUUGCCGGGCAGCCCAGUAAUUAUCCCUGAAGACCUUGUAGGUGGCUUGCGGAGAUUUAAUUGCAUGGCGGUCAGUGUAAAACGCAGACUGCGGAGCAGGGGUAAAAUGCAGACUGAGAGUAAAAUGCAGGCUAGGGUAAAAUGCAGAAUUAAGAUCGACUGCAGACUUUUUAAAUACUUGUGCUCCUUCUUCUCCAAAUAGGUGAAUCAUAGCCUCAGAGCAGGCAUUUUAUUGUAUUGAAUCAUUUUUUGACUCGCCCCAACGCUCGGUCAGUCAAAAGUCUAAAUCAAUCGCACAGCAAAAUACGCCUGCUUUGCAGGCUAGGUGAAUUAGCUAGCUGGUAUCAGUUACACACCUGGCUUCCUUGUCGAAGUACAUUGCACAUUCGCCAGAAGUUUCAAUGAACGUCGAAACAGCUUACAUCCGCCUACCUUGAUUUGCAAUACUUUCAUUGAAGGUCAUCCAAAUCUCCUGCAGAGCAUCUCUGUUUGUCGUUGGAAUUAUUUACUCCCAUUUUUAUCGCCAUAAUUCUUUCUUUACAGUAUUUUGGGUCAGUGUAAACAUUGUGUUGUACCAAUUCACAGUCAUGUGUAUCGAAAACUGGAGCGUGAGGUCUCUCGGACAAUGGAUAAUGGAAAGUAAAGCAUGCUCGGACGAAAAAAAAAAGGUUCAAGAUUGCGAUUAUGUUUUUGGGUCGUCGACGAAGUUCCAGAGAAGAAUGAAUGGAUUUUUGAAAGCAGAUAUAUGUCGUCAAGGAAGUGUUUGUUUACAUGUAUUUUGCGGGAUUUUAUUUGCCCUUAAACCCUUCUGCGACUACAGUUUAUGCUCGGUCUGCAUUUUACCCCAGCCUGCGUUUUACUCUCCGUCUGUAGUCUGCAUUUUACACUCAGUCUGCAUUUUACCCCUGGUCCGCAGUCUGCGUUUUACACUGACCGAUUGCAUGGUAACGGCAGCCCUUACGGUUAGAGUAAUAUCAUAAAGCGGUUGAAGUUUCGUCCGGCUAAAUCACCUUCAACGUUAAAGAACGCACUUUACUGAGUCCCUAAUUUAAAGUCAACAUAUGAACUUCAGUAAAGCAUUAACGAGUUUGUCUUAGGAAAGUGUCACUUAAAAAAGAGAGAUCAGUGUAUCUUAAAACUAACUGAGUGGAUGACUCAUCAGCUUGGAAAGUAAGACGAAAAAUUGCUUUUCAGUUUCAGUUCAGAGAGUAUUUAAGACAAGUUCUCCAGUGGAUUACUAUCCUGAUACACUAAUGGAACUUCAGUGUGUCUUUAAGGGACGGCCUCGUCCUCGUGUUGCGUGGUACAAUCUAGAUAGUAAACUAAUCAUCAACGGAUCUGAAAGCUUUUAUCUCUACGAGCAGCUGUUUGGAGAGGACACCUUAUCUUCUGUUCUUCGAAAUCCUAAUAUCCAAGAAAAACACGCAGGGGCUUAUAAAUGCACAGGAAUGAACAACAUUACUGGAUGGUCGAGUGAAAACACUGGGAUAAUUGAAAUACGUUAUCGUUGUAAGUGA